AUGGAGAUUCGAGCGGACGGCGCUUCGACGUCCGUGACGUCUGAAUCGUCCCAGUCCCCCGAGUCACAUCCGCCGCGGAACGCGACCAAGAAGCGAGUGCGGCGCUGGCACCACCGUGGGUUCACCGGCUGUUCGACCUGCCGCCGCCGUCAUGUCCGCUGCGACGAAGCCUCUCCUGUCUGCCACAACUGCACGCGUCUCUCCCUCGAAUGUGACGGCACCCAGGGUCGCAUGACCUUCAAGGCCUACGGCCCGCAGGGCCAGGAACCGCCGAAGGCCACGAAGAAGCGGACCAAGAAUAGCUCGCGGGCAGACGAUGCGCUGCCGGGGACAGCAACAUUCGUUUUACCCACUGGCAAUGCAAAACAUGACGGCUUCGAAAACCUCGUCGUAUCGCCGACCACCCUCGGCCAUCAAGCUCCCAAAUUCCGCUUCGCAGACCCCGCCUCCUCCAUCGACCUCAUGCACGCUGCGAUCGAGUCCUCCGAUGAGAUCUACUAUACCCAUUUCAUUGACCAGGUCUCUACUCUCCUGAUCAUCUACGACAACUCCAUCAACGCCAACCCUUACCGCAGCUACUUCCCCGAGUUUGCCCGCUCCUCCCCGUCGAUGGUGGGUGCCAUGCAGGCAUUGGGUGCUUUACACCGAGCCAAUACAUCAACCGGGCCUGAACGGAAUAAGCAUUUCCAACAGGCCAUGGGCAAAUAUGGCGAGGUAGUACAGUUGUUCCGAUCUCGGUACGCUCGGCCCAGCCAGCAACUAGGAAUGACCGACUUUGCGACCUGUCUAUUAUUAUGUCUAUUCGAGAUGAUGGACUCACAGAAUCAGAACUGGGCAGUCCACCUCCAAGGGGCACGCGAGAUCUACAAUCUUCUCUUCUAUCCGCACACGGGGACAAACCCCACCCGAGAAAUUCAGCGGGUGGCAGAGAGCAACCACCCUCUCCGCUCAUUUCUCGUUUCUUUGCUCUCUUACCUCGAUGUGGCCGGGGCCUGUGCAUCCCCGGCGGAACAGUCGUCGAGGGCACCUACUGGAAGACUUUGGGAGGAGGUGGAGCUCCGGCAAGCGUGGUCCGGCAUGAUGGAAGUGCAGGCCCAGAUCAGCGUCUUUGGCCGCGACAAGUCAUGGAUGAGCCCCGAGGUCCAGGACGCGGUCUAUAAGGAUAUCUUCAACCAACUGGUUGUCUGGCGUGCCAGCACGCCUAUAAGCCUCCGGUUACUCGGCGACAUGGAGCUAGAUGACGAAAGUUUACGCCUGUUCCCCUUCCCGGACGUCCUUGAAUAUGUCGGGUGCAUCGAGGCUUACGAGAAAGCCACUUUUGUCCAUUUGCAUCAAGUCGGUGGUGCAGGGCGGCCGGGCUGGGUGACGGACCGCACCUACCUGGACAUGCUUCUGACUCGAAUCCUCACCCUAAUUCGGAAAUUGUCCAAGGGCGUUGGGCAACUCGCCUGCCUAUGGCCGCUUUUUAUUGCGGGCCAGGAAACUCGCAACGAAUCCGAACAAGACUACGUUCGUCAAACCAUGCAGGAUCUCAGACGGUUUGGCUUCAAGAACGUUGACAAGGGCCUUGAGCACCUUGAACGCGUAUGGUUCAAACGCCGUGCUUUCCCCCGAAGGAUGGACGGAGACUCUGGAUGA